AGACGAAAUGUUUAUCUAGCUAGGAGAAAGUGUGUUUGAAAGAGAAGAAGGCAGAAGAAUGAAACGUUCCCUGAAUGUCCACAAAGCCCUCGAGCUGUUUUACGGAGAGGAUCCAGAAGGCGAACCUAUUUCAAAUUCCUCAUCUGAGGAGGAGAGUGGCGCAGAGUAUGAGGAGGAAACAGACUGGACAUCUGAAGCAGAGCAGGAGAGUGACGAAGAAAAUGGACCCUCUGCACGGAGGCCGACCCAGAGAGGGUAUGGGCGGAGUAUUCCAAUGAAGUCCAGUUCUCUGCAUGCUCAGCCACACCAUCACUUAGAACCCUGGAGAACAGGAAAUGAUCCUGACACUGCCCCACUAAUGAGCAAGUUCAUGCCAAGGAGAACACCAGGAGCCCAGGUGGACACCCAUGCAGCCUAUUCACCUAUAGACCUAUUCCAGCUUUACUUCUCCACAUCCACAGUGCAGACCCUCUGUAGACACACCAACAGGUAUGCAGCAAAAAACAAAGAAAUUGGGAAGAAGUACACAUGGGCUGAUGUUGAAGUUGAAGAGUUUUACAAGUUCCUUGGGCUCAUUAUAUACACAUCACUGGUGUCACUGCCAAGUAUUGUGGAUUACUGGAAGCAGAAUACCAUAACAUCUGUGGCAUUUCCAAUUACCGUGAUGACGAGGAACAGAUUCGGGGCUCUUCUUUGGAACAUCCACCCUGGUGACCCAGAAGAGGAUGACGAGAGGAAGAGAACAUCAGCAUAUGACAAGUUGUUUAGGAUAAAGCCCCUCACUGACAGUAUCCUCAGCGCCUGCCAGGCUUAUUAUCACCCAAGGAAGGAAUUGGCUAUUUAUGAGAGAAUGGUUGCCACCAAAGCAAAAACUGGCAGGAUGUUUGUAUUAGCUGACUCGAGCAAUGGUUACACUGUAAAUUUCAAUGUUUAUGUGGGCAAAACACACACAUUGCAUAGGCUCUCAUAUAAUGCUGUGAUGCAGCUGAUUCAGCCAUCAUACCUAGGCAGCGGCUACCAUGUUUACAUGGACAAUUUUUUCACAAGCCCCCAGUUGUUCCUCGACUUGGCCAGUAUGAAGAUUGGAGCCUGUGGAAGAUACAGGGACAACAUGAAAGGGUGUCCAACUGGGAGAAAAAAUGCCCUCACCAGAAAAUCAGAGAGGGGCACGGUGAGAUGGAUCAGGGAGGGCUCCCUGGUCUUUGUUAAAUGGAAGGACACAGAGGAGGUGUCUGUAUGCUCCACAAUCCAUCCAGCAGUUUCUGGGGAGAUAGUCAAGAGGAGGGUGAAGGAGGAAGGUGGACACUGGGCAGUGAAAAACUUUUCCUGCCCCACCCCUGUCAUUGCUUACAACAAACACAUGCGUGGGGUUGACCACAUGUUCCAGUACUAUUCUACUCACCACAGAACCACACGCUGGUACCGCAACAUCUUUUUGCACCUUGUUGAUGUUGCUGCAACAAAUGCUUACAUUUUACACUGUGACAUCAGUGCCUCAAAACAGGUGAAGCCCAUGGCUCAUAAGGACUUCCAAAAUGAACUAGUGUCCCAGCUGUGUGGGGUGGGCAGUGCAAGUGUACCUAUCCAGAAAAGUGUUGGCCAUUUUCCUAUUGCUAUUGCCACAGUAACAGAUGCCAGCCUGAAAGCCACACAGGGCCGCAGGGUUUGCCAACGCUGCAGCCAGGUGGACAAAAAGAGAAAUCUCACCCCCUGGAAGUGCCAAUCCUGCAAUGUGGCUCUGUGUCUCAUUGUGGACAGAAACUGCUUUGCAGAGUGGCAUACAUAGUAAAACAAACAAAAAAACUCUACCCCAUUGUAUAUAGUUUGACAUAUUUGUAUGUCAUUUGAUUACAUCUCAGUUUUACCUUUUAUGCUAUAUUUGCAUUACUUGGAAUUCUGGGAGUUAGUUCUUAUUUAGGACUCUGGGAAUCCAAAGCUCUCUGUAAAAUAUUGCACAUAAUCUGUUCUGAAGAGUUGCAGCAAAUAGGGAUCAACUGACAAAUAAAAUGCUUUGACUUGGAAGAUUAAAAUUUCAAAGCAUUCUGGAAAAUAUUUGUGAAAUAACUAAUGUAAUAGUGUAGUAACAUAAGUGUGAAAGUGAACAGCAACGUGGACUUAAUAAAAAA